CAUCUCGUUCAGGGCCCGGGCCCGGGGGCGCGGGAUGAGGCCGCUGUUGCCCCUGCGGCUCCGGCGGGCGGCGGCCGGGGGGCUCCCGCGCUGCUUCGGCAUGGCCCGGCGCGGGGGUCCCGCCUGGCGGCUCUCCAUCGAGGGCAACAUCGCUGUGGGCAAGUCCACUUUCGUAAAGCUGCUGGGAAAAACCUUUCCAGAAUGGCAAAUGGCUACAGAACCAGUGGCAAAAUGGCAAAAGGUUCAAGCUUCCAGUACCAGAGAGCAGGCCUCGUCUUCUCAGAACUUUGGCAACCUGCUUCAAAUGGUCUAUCAGGAGCCUUCUCGGUGGUCCUAUACGUUCCAGACAUACUCCUGCAUGAGUCGACUUAAGGCCCAGCUGGAGCCCCUUUCAGAGAAGCUGUUGAAGACCUGGGAUCCAGUGCAGAUUUUUGAGAGAUCUGUAUACAGUGAUAGGUACAUCUUUGCUAAGAAUCUCUUUGAGCUUGGCCACCUCGCUGAGAUUGAAUGGACCAUUUACCAGGAUUUGCACACCUUCCUCCUACAAGAGUUCGGGGAUCGAAUUGCUCUGCAUGGCUUUCUGUAUCUCCAGGCAACUCCAGAGAAAUGUUUGGAGCGGUUGCACCGAAGGGGGAGGCCUGAGGAGAAGGAGAUCCAGUUGGAAUAUCUGGAGCAGCUUCACACUCAGCAUGAAAACUGGCUAGUAAAGAAAACCACGGAGGUCCACUUUGAAAACCUAAGGAAUGCUCCAGUCUUUGUGCUUGAUGUCAAUAAUGAUUUUGAGGAUGACCCAGCUGAACAAGAAGAGCUCAUGAGGAAGGUAAAGGCUUUUAUAAAGACUCUGUGAUCUGAAGCUUUGCCAUCUCCCUCCACUACCAAUCCAGAAUUUCUUAUUUAUUUGCGACCAGUUGGACCUGAUAAUGCUGCUUGCCAUUAAAAGGUCAAACAAAAUAAUCAGCAAAUCUGUGUGUCAAACUUGGAAGGCCAAAAAUGUAACUGAGGUAUUUUAGUGAAUUACACUUGAAUUCUGUGUUUUUCUUCCAAACCAAAUGUUACUUUUCCAGGGAGGGAGAAAAGACGUACAGUCACCCAUGAGCAACCCUAUAGUAACAAACCCAUGUGGGUCUAAUGGAAAGAAGAAGAUUAAGAAUCACAGAAAAUUAAUUUUCUGAUCUUCCAAAGGGUGUUAUGAUCAGUGGGGGAAAGAAGUGAUGUUAGACGUUAUGAAGAAUCCCUUCUACUUAUGCCACAGCUUAAGUAUUUCAAACUUGAUUUCCCUUCAUUGCUGAAGGUGAUCUUCAGAAACCUUCUAUUCCAUUACAUGCUGAAUGCACCCAAUGAGGGUGUUGUAAAGAAUUAUAGGAACCAAUGGUCCUGAUUCACCACUGCUCUGCACCUGUGCAAAGUGAAUGUAAUAUGCUGCCAAAUCACUGUCAGCAUUUCACACUCAUUUAGCACAAGUGCAAGUGGUAUGUUCAAGUAAGUGGAGAAUAAGACCCAACAUAGCCAUUUUUGGCACUUCUAAUCCACUCAUUGCAGUAGAAGGCAAAGACUUAUUUAAUAUUAAGCCAGCUUCUCUUAUUAAGUUUGCAACUUACUUGGUGUGUUUUCCACAUCUUGAGCCUAAUGAUGAAUUACCCUAGUAUCAUCUCAUCAGCCAGAUAGCUGCUGUAGCCCUGGCAGAAGGAAAAGAGAAAUGGCAUACCAUAUAUUGUCUGAAAAGCUUUAAUAUUUUCACAUUUUAAAGUAAGUCUAAUGAUUUAGAAUAGGGGACUGGAAGUCAGGACCACUUGGGUUCUGUUACCACCCCCACCACUGACUUGCUCUGUUACUUCAUGCAAGUCAUUUAGCCUCUUCAGCAUUUAUGAAAUCCUCAGAUGAAAGGCAUUUAUACAUAUAAUAUGCAAAACAGAUCCUGUUCUUAAAAUACCUUGCAAAAUGAUAGUAGUUUGACAAACUGUUCUUACCUUACCUCUCAACCUGGCACCUUGGAUGGGCCAACACUAGUGCAGUCCACCCUGGGGUGUAAUUUGGACAUUGCAGAAGCUAAGAAGGGGAGAAGAAAGAAAGUAAGACAUGAAUUUCAGUGGAAGUUGGCUGCCUGCCUCCCUUAAGUUCCUUUUGAAAAUCUGAUCUGAAAUGCAACGAGUUCAGCGGUGCACAAAUUUCUUUGUCCGUCUAGCUCCCACUUUCCUCUAAGCAAAACCUUUCCUUGCUGAAACAUACCUGAAUGGAUUUGUUAGAAGGUCAGCAUGUCCCUCUAAGACCAUAAAGCCUCAUAAGACCAAUAAGUCUUCAAUAAACAUGAAGAGACAAAGGAGAAGCAGGAAUGGUCUUAAGACAGGCAGUUUUGAAAUACCAGAGAGAAAUAUGGCCUUGUUAAGACAGUAGCAAAGAUCUUUCCAACUGUGUGUGUGCUGAGAUGCCCUUCAUAAUCCAGGUGUUAUGGGGCCAUUGUGUAUUGCAUGAAAUCCUAGCCCCUUGAAGUCCGUGGUAAGACUCCUGCGGACUUCAGUAGGGUCAGUAGUUUACCUGUUGGUGAAUCAGAGGGAAUUUUGUGAAAUGAUUGUCUGGUCACUUUUAAGUUGUAGACCUACAUGUUACUGUUGUUAGGUUACACUGCAACACUCAGCAGUUCCUAUGACCAAGAAGGACUAAAAUCAAGCAAAUCUGUAUACGUAGUUUAGUUUUAGACCUGUUUAGUCUAAAGGUAAAUCGUAAACUGUACAAACUUAUCUGGAUAUCACCUUGUGCUCCAAGGGGAACAUAAAUACAUGUCUAUAGAUGUCUGCAGGGUGAAUAUUUGAGGAACAGCCACUUCAUAAUGUAAAUUCGGUGGACAGGUUAAAUUCUGAAGGAAAAUUCUGUGUAUUUAUUUAGCUUGUGUUAA